GUCGCAGCGUAGAUUCUCCGCGGGCGCUUGCGGGCUAAACGAAAGGGGCGUAGCCUCUGCCAUGGCCGGGCCGCGCGGCUGUUUGUUGUCAGUCGUUGGCAGCGGGUUAUGGCGACAGCGGUGAAUGAAUUCUCCGGGCGGGAGAGGGAAGAAGAAGGGCUCAGCCGGCUCCAGCUCCCCGCCCCGCGCCGCCGGGGCCUCCCCUUCACCCUCGUCCGCGGCCGGGCCGGCUCCCUCCGUCCAGCAUCAGCAGGCGGCGGUGGCCUCUCCUCACAAACGGAAUCUUUACUACUUCUCGUACCCGCUCUUUGCUGUCUUCGCACUGCUUCGCUUCCUGGCUUUCCAGCUCGGGCUGCUCUUCGCCUGGCUCUGUGAGCGCCUUUCUCGCGGCAGGGCCCUCAUGGCAGCCGCCAAAGACACCGCCAGCAGAGCCGGCGCCGGCGAUGCCCCCGAGAGGGUGAGAACCUGCCAUAAGCGCGCAUUCGAGUGCAUCUCCACGGCGCUGCGCAUCGACGAGGACGAGACCGCAGGACAAAAGGAGCAAGCUGUGGAAUGGUACAGAAAAGGAAUUGAAGAACUGGAGAAAGGAAUAGCUGUACUAGUUACAGGCCAAGGUGAUCAUUAUGAACGAGCUCGACGUCUCCAGUGUAAAAUGAUGACAAAUUUGGCAAUGGCCAAGGACCGAUUGCAGCUCUUAGAGAAGAUGCAGGCAGUUAAGCAAAUUCCCAAGCCGCAAAUGGAAGUCUAUAGUGACAGUACUAACCUGGUAUGCCGCAAUGGACAUCUCCAGUCAGAUCUGUUCCACUCCAAACAAUCAGAAAAAUAUUGUUUCUAUUCACUGAACUUCUUGCAACUUAGCACUGGAGGGGUUGAUUCUGUCUUCAUAGAAAAUGGAGCUGUUCCAAAAAAGAAGGAUCCACUGACUCAAACUAGUAACUCGCUCCCUCGUUCAAAGUCUGUGGCAAAAACUGCGUCUGUAGGCCUUUCAGGGCACCAAAGGACACCUAGUUAUAGUGGAAUAUCCAAUUUCCCUGUGCCUAGACCGGCAGCAUCUCCAACAACAAUUACUCAGAAGACUACACCCAAAAACAAUAGAUCCAACAAGCCCUCUACUCCUACAACUGCUCUGCGAAAAAAGAAAGAUAUGAAGAUUUUUAGAAAUGUGGAUAGUAAUCUUGCUAAUCUUAUUCUCAAUGAAAUUGUAGACAGUGGGCCAUCUGUUAAAUUUGAUGAUAUCGCUGGGCAAGAGCUAGCAAAGCAGGCGCUACAAGAAAUUGUUAUCCUUCCUUCUCUUAGACCUGAGUUGUUUACAGGACUCAGGGCUCCUGCACGUGGAUUGUUGUUGUUUGGCCCACCAGGAAAUGGGAAGACUAUGCUGGCCAAAGCAGUGGCUGCGGAAUCUAAUGCAACCUUUUUCAGCAUAAGUGCUGCAAGUCUGACAUCAAAAUAUGUUGGUGAAGGGGAGAAAUUGGUGCGUGCUCUUUUUGCAGUGUCCAGAGAACUUCAGCCUUCUAUAAUUUUUAUAGAUGAAGUUGAUAGCCUCUUAUGUGAAAGAAGAGAAGGUGAACAUGAUGCCAGUAGACGUCUAAAAACAGAAUUUUUAAUAGAGUUUGAUGGGGUCCAGUCUUCUGGAGAAGACCGAAUACUUGUGAUGGGAGCAACAAACAGGCCACAGGAGCUUGAUGAUGCUGUUCUCAGGCGAUUCACCAAGAGGGUGUAUGUAUCUUUACCAAAUGAAGAGACACGAUUGCUUUUGCUUAAGAAUCUAUUGAGCAAGCAAGGAAAUCCAUUAACCCAGAAAGAGCUAGCACAGCUAGCUAGAAUGACAGAGGGAUACUCAGGGAGUGACUUAACAGCAUUAGCAAAGGAUGCAGCUCUUGGCCCUAUUAGAGAAUUAAAGCCUGAGCAAGUGAAGAAUAUGUCUGCCAGUGAGAUGAGGAACAUCAGAUUGUCAGACUUCACUGAAUCUUUGAAGAAAAUAAAGCGUAGCCUCAGCCCUCAAACCCUGGAAGCUUACAUUCGCUGGAACAAGGAUUUCGGAGACACUACAGUCUGAUACAUCGCUUUAUCAAAAUGAAGGGAAAAUGAUGCCAGCAAGGGACAUCUGAUAUAAACUACUGCUGGAAUGCAACCAGAGUUUACAGGACCUUACAGAUUCCUAAGUAUCUGCACUGAAAUGAGACUGAUUUUAAAGGGGAAAGCAAAAGGAAAUGUUGAUCAGAUCUCUUAGCUUUUAACAUUUGAAUUUAUACGCAAGGCACUGUAAGUGAGCACAAUAACGAUGCUGUGGGGAGGAAACUAGUAAUUGAGUCAUGGUAGGAAAUGUAAUUGGUGUAUUUUGUUGCUGACAAAUAUUUUAAUGGCAUUAUUUGUUGGGGGGAAAAUUAUUUGCUCAUGACUUCUGAUUUCCUUUGUUAGCUACUAAUUAUAAAGGUCAAUCCAUUUUCUUGACCUGUAUAUAUUUACAGCGUGCCAAAUUAAAAUAUGCUUGAUACAUCAGGAAGAACAGUAUUGGGCAUAGCAUUAUUUUUAAAAGUCUGCAAUAUAACAGAGCUGAUGUGUUGCUUUUUGUUCUAAUGGAACCUUACACUCUAUAGAAUUUAGAAAGCAAGAUGUGAAAGCAGGACAGUAAUGACCAGUAAAACCAGUUGCUGAUCUUAAAUCAUUCUUUUCCUGCAAUAUUUCUCUAAAUUGUAAAGUUUCCAUGUAGUAUGCUUACUACUUGUUCUGGUAUUGUGUACUUGCAGCCCAAGAAAUAAGUGUAAAUGGUAUUGAUUGUCAAAAGAACUGCUUGAUACUAGUUUCAAAGUUAGUGACUGAAUGCCAGAGAAGUUUACCCUCUGGUAAUUUUUUAAUCUAUUCAAGUGAUCAUAGCUAUGGUUACUUGUUUAAUUAUGUCAGUCUUUUAUACCUUUCAUUUUGUAGACUAUAUUCUGCAAGAGACUCAACUGACUUUUUAAAAGUGCAGUAAAUAAAUUUUCUUGUAAAUAAAUUAAUUUUUAUGGUAUGAAUGAUAUGUAAAUCCAUGGCCUUUUAAGACUAAAGGAGAGGCAUAUUUGCUGCUUUGUGGUAUAACUGUUGGUGUUUACAAAAUUGAUGUUUUGUUCACUUACUCAGUUGCUAUGAUUAAAACACCACCAAGUAAAAACAG